AAACACCCAGGUGUCUCACGCUGUCCUUGGCACAAACUGACCCAACCUUUGGGAAGAGAAACUUUGAGCCGAUGCUGACCGUGGAGCUGUGUGGGACAGCAGGUCUCACACCACCCACCACUCCACCGUACAAGCCCGCCGAGGAGGACCUGUACAAGCCAGACAUCCCCCAGGAGCCAGGGAAGGAGGAUGGGACAGCCCCCAGCCCUGGGGGCACAGGGGAUGCGGCAGCCUCCCGGAAAGCCCCCAAGAAGCACCCCGAGAGGACAGAGCUCUUCGCCCACCUGAGCCGAGCCGCUGGGCGCCCCGUGCUCCCUGAGCAGCAGGGCAUGCUCAAGCGGCCCUUCUCCCGCUCUUUCGGGGACCAUGACUACUGCCAGGUGCUGAAGCCUGAGGCUGCCCUGCAGAGGAAGGUGCUCAAGUCGUGGGAGCCCCCAGGCCAGGUGGAGACGGAGCACAAGAGGAGGGUCCCAGCUGCCCACUACCAGGGGCUGGACCUUGGCAGCAAGGAGGCGUGCGGCGAGAUGCUGUGGAAGGACAGCGUUAAGCAGCUGAGAGACCAGGAGAUCAGAGCCAGCUUAACGAAGCACUUUGGCUUUCUGGACAGUGCUCUUGAUGAGGACAUGGUCUUCUGCAAGACCCCUGAGUAUGACACCGUCUUUGAAGACAGCUGUAGUGAGAGCGGCUCUCCAGUGGAGGAGGAGGAGGAGGAAGAGGAUGAUGAUGAGGAGCACGGUGACACCAAGCUGUGUCUGCGGAGAAACCCCCUUUCCAGGACCAGUUUGCAUUACUGUUCCCGGAGCAGGUCCAGCUCAGGGUCUUCGUGCUGCCGGUCCCGAUCGCCUGCAAGCAGACGGACCUUCAGGUGUGAGAACGGCGAGCAGUGUCAGGGCGGGAGCGGGCACCGGGGCCAGCUGGAGAAGAGACGGGAAAAAGCCAUCGGGGAAGGCCGGGUGGUGUAUAUCAGAAACCUCUCCAGCAGCAUGAGCUCCAGCGAACUAAAGAAACGCUUUGAAGUGUUUGGUGAAAUCGUGGAGUGUCAGGUCCUGUCCAGGACUAACAGGGGGGAUAAAUAUGGCUUCAUCACCUACCGGUAUUCAGAGCAUGCCGCCUUAUCUCUGAAGAAUGGCACCUUGCUAAGGAAGAGGAACGAGCCUUCAUUUCAGCUCAGCUCUGGUGGCCUCGGGCACUUCUUCUGGACCAGAUACACUGACUUGGAUUGCAGCGCAGAGGAGUCCUCCCCAGCUCCAGUGAAAAGCAAGUACGAGACCAUGGAUUUUGACAGCUUGCUGCAGGAGGCCCAGCUAAGCCUGCAUCGGUAA